CGGGUUGGAGGACAAAAAACAAGGCUGUGAUUUUACAGAAGUGACAGUCGGGUGUGUAUUGUUAUGGUGUGGAGUAAGUUUAAUGGUGCGGCACACUUGUUUUAAGUGGGGCAGGAUGUUAUUAUGUAUUGUUAGUAUGAACUUGUGUCGUGGAGUAUAAGCAGUAGACGGUAGCUAUAUGUAACACGAUAAGAGGUGGGAAAUGUUUGAGAAUUUCAGAGAGAGACUGCAGAGCGUGCAGCAGGACUUUACAUCAGGAAUUAAGACCUUGAGUGACAAGUCCAAGGAGUCCAAAGUGAAGAAGAAACAGAAAAGAGAAGAAUAUCUUCCUCAGUACUCCGCCGGACUGGAGUUGUUGAACCGAUAUGAGGAAACCUGGGUGACGCUGCACAAGCGAACCAAAGAAUGUGCCAAAGCUGCAGAGGUGGUGGAUGGAGAAGUGGUGAUGCUCUCGGCUCACUGGGAGAGGAGGAGAGGAGCCCUGCGCGAGCUGCAGGAACAGUUACAGCAGAUCCCAACCUUCCUCACAGACCUGGAGUCCAUCACCGCUCGAGUCGCUCAGCUCGAGUCCAACUUUGAGGAGAUGGAGAGUCAUCUGAUGUACUUGGAGAAUCUGUGUGGUCAGUGUGAGCUGCAACGCAUCAAACACUUUCAGAUUCUACAGCUGGAGAACUACAAGAAGAUGAAGAGGAAGGAACUGGAAUCUCUUAAAGCCGAGUUGGAUGCUGAACACACCCAGAAGGUCUUGGAGAUGGAACACGCUCAGCAAGUGAAGCUAAAGGAGAGACAAAAGUAUUUCGAAGAGGCGUUUCAGCAAGACAUGGAGCAAUAUCUGUCUACUGGCUACUUACAGAUCGCCGAGAGGAGAGCAUGUCCAAUAGGCAGCAUGUCCUCUAUGGAGGUGAACAUCGAUAUGCUGGAGCAGAUGGACCUUACAGACGUGUCUGACCACGAGGCUCUGGACGUGUUCCUCAAUUCUGCUGGUGACGAGAACAGUUCUGUGUCUGCAGUCAGAGCUCCAGAUGCCGAGAUCAGCCUGAAGGUUCCGAGCCACGCAGAACCGAAGCACGACGUCUCGUCCGUCUCGUCCUCCUGCACGGAGUCGAUCAGCGGCGUUACCGAGGGGCCGGACGAGGUCGCGGACGAGGACGAGGCCAGCGACGAGAGCAGUGACGCCGGACACUCGCCCCUGGUUCAGUGCGACGAGGAAGAGGUGCAGGCUGACACGACUCUCGCCGUCCUCCUAGACAACGAGGAGGGACUCAAAAACUCCGACGACAGCGACACGGGCGGCCUCGCGCCCUCGGAGGAAAGGAAAAAGGAGUAGAGGUCUGCUCCGACUGCUUAACCCGAGUAGCAGCUUUGAGGUGCUCCGACUCGCUCACCUUAGAGAACAAUCUUCCCGCUUUGUUUUUCUCAGCACUGUGACUUCGCUUAAAGAAAUCCCGUUCACGCGUCUAAGUAUUAUAUAGAAAGAAGCCUGCAGCGUCUCCAAGAAAUAAACCUAUACCUGUUGUCAUUAUAGCUCCACGUGAACGGCCGCGCUCGUCCGAAUACGUCUAGGGCGCCGAUCGAAUCGAGAUGGAGAUUUCUUGUGUCUCUCAACUUUUGAAUAAAACAGCUGUCAAUGUUUCUAUGAGUCGGUGUUGAACGCAGAGGGUUCGUACAGAGCUGUUGGAACGAGAUGACGUCGAGACAAAUAAAUGAGAACGUACGGCCGGUUCGUGUUUCAGCUCCGUUAUGUUGUUCACAGACUGGAUGGCAACAUGAAAUGCUAAAUGGUCUGCACUUUUAUCCAAAGCGCUUUACACUGUGUCUCAUUCACACACUCACACCAACGCUAGCAGAGCUGCCACGCCAGGCGAGAACUUGAAAUCGGGAGCGACUUUCGGUUCAGCGUCUCACCCAAUCACACUCCGGUACGUGGGGUCACGCGGGCCGGGAUUCGAACCGCCAACAAUACGAUUAGUGCACACCCCGCUCUACCACCUGACCCACGCUCGCCCCUUGAAAGCCGGCGUGACGCUAUCCGGCGUGACGUUCUAAACACACAGGCGCACACGUUACGGUUUAGCUAUAGCAGCCCCGGUUUUUGACCCCUUUCUACAGCUACGGCAGUCGUCAGAGCGAACGCCGGUAAGAUCGUCCUGCUGGAAAAGACAAAGGAUAUGAACGGCGAUUAACUGACUACGCUUAGAUUGCAGCUGUAGACCAUUUAUACGUUUCUGCACACUGCAGUUAAAAUAUAUAUCAGCUCACCCACUGUGUAUUUGAUCAUUUAUCCCCCACCAGUAUGCUAGGGGUUCGUGUCGCAGGUUUCUCAUCUCUGCCCGCCCCGAUUGAAAUGACAAGGCGAUUAAAAAACACAUUUCAUCCACUACGGUUUUAACCUGUACGUAUCGGCGAACAACAUCCUCAACAUGAAACAUGAUGGCUUUUCAGUGUCCAACUUAACGUGCGUGAGACAUGUUUACUUCCAAACAAUCACUAGUUUUAUCUAUCCACAUUCCACUGCUUUUGUGUCCAACAAGUGUAAAUAUUUGUAUUACUAUAAGUAGAUUCAACAACUGAACCAGUUUCACAGAAAUGGAGUAAGGAGUCCCUGAACAAAGCGGGGGUCGAUAUUAAAAGGAACAGUCAGUAUGUGGUGUCCUCCAGCUGCUUUAAGUGCUACAGCGCAUCUCAUGCUCGUGGACUGGUCAGGUCUUGCUGUGAGAACCACCAAAGCAGGCGAGUUCUCCAUCACGGCUGAGGGGACACGUUAUUACAUGUCAUUUUCCACCCUCAGGACGAUCGGCUGUUCUGGGAAGGCUUUCCACUAGAUUUUGGAGAGUGGCUGUGGGGAUUCGCUCACUCAGCUCUAAGAGCAUUACUGAGAGCAGGCGUGCACUCGGCGUUCCAGUUCAUUCCAGAAGGUGUUCGGUGGUGUUGAGGUGCACAGGGGGCAUUGUUACGGGCCUCUGGUUUCCAGUGAAGGGAAACCGUCGUGCUACAGGGGGCGGUGGUGGUUUGGCGGUUAAGGCUCUGGGUUACUGAUCAGAAGGUCGGGGGUUCAAGCUCCAGCACUGCUAAGCCGCCACAGUUGGGCCCUUGAGCAAGGCUCUUAACCCUCUCUGCUCCAAGGGGCACCGUAUCAUAGCUGACCCUGCACUCUCACCCCAGCUUCCUGACAGGCUGGACUAUGCGAAGAAAAGAACUUCACUGUGCUGUAUAUGUGACUAAUAAAGACUCAUUAUCAUUACAGCAUACAGUGACAGUCGAUACAAAUGUGUCGUUCCAACUUUGUGGUCAAAGACCCAAAUAUGGGUGUGAUGGGUCUGAUGUCCACAAACUUUUGGGCACGUGUAUAUAGCGAUCUAAUUAUAAACUAGAAAAUCACACACAUUAAUUCCACUAGCUAAAAGGAGGGUAUUUCACACCGGAAAUGACUUCUGCCGAUAAACGCUACGGUUUCGAACAGUAACGCUCCACCCGUGAACGUAUUCCCCGGCGGAUCUGAUCAAAGUCGGGCGUCCUGUCUGACCGGCUUUUACAGAACAUUCUAAAGUAUUCAGUGGCUAGAUUGUGGGAAUGCUGAAUUGAAUAUUAAUGCGUUAAACACACAUCCCGCUGCCUUCCGAACGGCACGGUCGAGUCGUGUACUGAAUAUAAACACGAGCAGCGGGAGCGCCUUUUACAGUGUCGAUACAUAUUACAGUGUCAUAUAAUCGAUUCUGUCUCGAUCUAGUGUUUAAAAGUCUAUAAAAGAUUCCAUCCAUCUUCUACACCACUUACUCCUUUUCAGGGUCAUGGGGGAACCUGGAGUCUAUCCCAGGGGGCAUGGGGCACGAGGCGGGGUACACCCUGGACAGGGUGCCAAUCCAUCACAGGGCACAAUCACAUAGACACUCACAGACCCAUUCAUACACUACGGACACUUUGGACACGCCAAUCAGAUUACCAUGCAUGUCUUUGGACUGGGGGAGGAAACCGGAGUACCCGGAGGAAACCCCCGCAGCACGGGGAGAACAUGCAAACUCCGCCCACACACACACACGCAGGGCCACGGUGGGACUCGAACCCCCGACCCUGGAGGUGUGAGGCGCACGUCCUAACCGCUAAUCCGCUGUAUUAUUGAGCACGCUCAACCACAUUAGACACAAAGAGACGGGUCUUGAAGGAUCGACAGUGAUUCGUUUAUUACAACAAAAUUAUACAAACCUGAAAAGUAAAAAAAGGCCAGUAACCAAAACAACACCAGAAGAUUGAAGACCGAGGAUCAGUCGACGCUUAUAAAUUAAAAAGUAAGCCAAGCAAGAAUUUUUACGGUAGAAAACAGGGGAAAAAAAGUGAUUGGAAACAUUUUAAGGCCAUUUAAAAAAAAAAAAAAAAAAAAAAAAAAAAAAAGGUUUACAACCACGUUUGUUUUGAAACACUGUUCAGUUAUACUAUGCUCAAACACCAGUCUUUUGGAAGAGGGGCACGACUAGGCGGGACUACGGGACUUCAUUACAGUUAGUGCAUUAUGGUAAGCUACUACAUGGUAAAAGUUGGGGGGGGGGGGGUGUGUGUGUGUUUUUUUUCCCCUCCCCCAUUUGAAUAAAAAAGUAAAGCUAAAAAACUAGGGCUCACCACUAUUACGGAGUUAUUCAGUGAUUAAGCAGCACUUUUCCCCCACCCAUAUGUUACAACAGCAACCCUGUGAACAUCUAAACUCGUAGAGACGAAGAAAGCGACAGGGGAAUAAGGCUUUUUCCUCAUCCAAACUCUUUCUACACCUUUCUGUCAAAAGGCUUCGUUUUAGGUGACGAGAUUGACUGGCAUAUAAACGUUUCGAGACAUUUGUAUUAGACUCUAAAUGUUAUAAUAUUUAUUCUAUGUAAACAAAAGCAUAAUCUUUGUAAAGGAGGGAGUAUCCUACAUGGUAAAAGGGGACGGGGGGACCGGGGGACGCUAAUCACCAAUCACAAAGGCUGAACCAGAGGAACAAGACCUAAUGGUGAAAAGGGAAAGUGCGUAACUAUUUCAAUAGCUCGAACUGCUUCGGAUACAGGUACAGACUGCUCCGGGCAUCGGCUUUGAAUACAGCUAUGUCAUCAGAGUGGCUCGUUUCGGAUUCGAUCUCGUUUCGGAAAAAGGCCUCGAGAUGUGCUUCGAAAAAGGAGUCCAAAAUGCAUUCGCGAGGCCUUGGAGUCGCCCUGCAGAGAAUGUGCAGUAAAAAAAAAAAACAACAACAAAAAAACAACAAUCCGCUAACGAGAUGAGAAUCACACCACGGGGGAGGGGGAGGGUUAGAGUUCAGAGUGUUUAUAUCUCUCUCUCUCUCUCUCUCUCUCUCUCAGUAUUUCAGCUGCUAACGGUUAGUGUUUAUCGCAUCGGACAUUAAAAGGAGGGCUUUGAGCAUACGCGUCUCGGAUAUCUUAAAUAAAACUAUCCACAUGGGGUGAGAGCAAGAGAAACAGCCUGGAAGGCAUUAUGGAAGAUUUGACACUACAGCACCAGUUCAACACAAAUGGUACAGUAUAGGAUAUAUUCA